ACCAAAGUAUAGUAGAAAAGCAAUCAUAAUACGUUUGCUUAUAAAUACGCACAACAAACAAGAUGCUAACUAACAACAAUACAGAAUACACAAUUAGUGUAACGUUACUGUCAAAAUUUGUAUCUUGUUAGAGAACUAAACAUUACAACAAACACAAGCAACCAGCUGUUUGCCAAACACUACCUACUUGCAGCUGUCAUGUUGUUAAACAUAUUAUGCUUUCAUCAAAUGUUUUAUGGUUGCUAGAAGAAAAUAUUAUACUCAAUUUAGAAAAUGUCAUAGUUUUGAGCGUCAUUAGUGAAAUUUUUUUGAAAAAAAACUAAAAUGGAAGGUUUUAAAUUGAUAAAAACAACUUUUGAAAAUAAUAAGGAAAUUGUUGGAGUAAAUUUUCAUGGCGAUGAAAGUUAUUAUUUAUUUUUGGAUGAGGUUAGAAAAACAUACAAUUUGCCGGAAGACUAUGAAAUACAAGUGUACUCCAAGGAAUUCAUAAUAAGGCCCAACAUAUUUACAAAUUUUGUAGCGCAAUAUAUCAGUAAUCUGGAUUUUGUUUUGGACAUUAAGGGAAAAGUUCCUCUAAAAAGAUGCAAUACUUCGACAACUUCAUGUGAUUCCCAAACAAUAUCUUCAAAAACCGAAAGAAGUCAAACAGCAAAAACUUCAUGCGAUUCUCCACAAUUACCUUUAAAUACAGUAGCGUUGGGGAGAUGUCUUACACCGACAACUUCGUGUGAUUCCCAACAAAUAUCAUCAGCAUCAGAAGUCGCCCAGACGAGUGCUACUCCAUCAGCAUCAUAUGAUCUGCAACAAUUACUUUCGAACCCUUCGGUUAAUUUGCAAACAAUACCAUCAAAUUCUGAAAUUGUACAAAUUCCCGAUAUACAGGAAGUGCUGCAAUUAAGAUCCCUUGAAAAUAAACAUCGCACAAAAAUAGCAAAGGCUAUUAUAUCAAAGAUUUUUACUGACAAUCCCGACGUAAGACUACUACGCGAGGAGUUUAUGCAAUUAGCAGAAUCCAUAGUAGAGAUUUUCCCAUCCGAGGUUAAAGAAACCUAUUAUGUGCCCUUUACUAAAGGUCAUUUAGCUAGGGGCAAGUUAUAUGAUGCCUACAAUAACACAAGGGCACGUUUAAGCGCUUCAGGCGUUAGACGGAGACGUAUUCGUUUUAGAACCUCUCCAACUGUGUCAGCAGACUAUUCAAAUGUUUUAACUUAUGCCGAAGUGGAAGAACAAAAAUUGGAAAUUUUAAAAAUCGGAAAUGCUGAUUGGAAUGUAAUACUAGAGGCCUGGGAAAAAACUCAUGCUUUCCGACAAAAUGAGUUCAAAAAUGAAAAUAUGGAAGCCUUUGAGUAUAUGGAAAAGUAUAAGGUUUUACAACACAAAAAUAAUUAUCAGCUGUUCGAAAUUGAUUAUAAAAUGUUAUAUCCUCAAUCGAAAAGCAUUUACGAAUGGAAAUUAUAUUAUCACAAAGUCAUCGAUAAGGCUGAGAAGUUAAAAGACAAUGGUGUUAAGGAAAUAUUAAAUAAUAUAACAAAUACCUGUGAAGAAGGUGGGUAAAACAAUUUAUUUACU